AUGUCGGCAGCAAUUGACCCAGAGACCAUCUACACGAAGCAGACGUGUAUCGGCGGUGGCAGCUUUGGAAAGGUGUUCAAAGGUGUCGAUAAGCGCACAGGGGAGUCUGUCGCUAUAAAGAUCAUUGAUGUCGAGAAUGCCGAGGAUGAAGUUGACGACAUUAUCAAAGAAAUCGCCAUCCUAUCUGAGCUUAAGUCACCAUAUGUGACCAAGUAUCAUGGUUCAUAUCUCAAAGGGUCCGAUCUCUGGAUUAUCAUGGAGUUUUGUUCCGGCGGAAGCUGCCAUGGCUUAUUACGCCCUGGUGUCAUCAACGAAGAAUACAUAGCGAUUAUCCUACGCGAGUUGCUCAAGGGCUUGGAUUACCUCCAUGGGGAUCACAAGCUGCAUCGUGAUAUCAAAGCUGCAAAUGUGCUACUCAGCGCGAGUGGCCAGGUGAAGUUGGCUGAUUUCGGCGUCUCGGGCCAGUUAACAGCCACGAUCAGCAAGAAAAACACAUUCGUCGGCACUCCAUUCUGGAUGGCACCUGAAGUCAUCAAGCAAUCAGGGUAUGACUACAAAGCAGACGUAUGGUCACUCGGUAUCACGGCAAUUGAGUUGGCCUGUGGAGACCCUCCUUAUGCAGACAUCCACCCAAUGAAGGUUUUGUUUUUGAUCCCCAAGAAUCCACCCCCGGUCUUGGAUGGCAACUUCAGCAAGAACUUCAAGCAAUUUGUGGAGCUGUGCCUGCGUCGGGAUCCAAAGGAGCGACCAAGUGCAAAGGAAUUACUAGAACAUCCAUUCAUUAAACGUGCGAAGCGGACGACAUAUCUAACAGAGCUAAUCGAACGUGCGGAGCGUUGGCAGGCAACACACCCCGGUGGAGAAGACGACGACUGGGACGACUCUCAUAAUUCCAUCGAGGAACGAGUCGAGCAGCAUGAAGAUCUAUGGGAUUUUGGUACUGUUCGUCCCGCGGGUAAACCAAUUGGAGCGCCAAUGCGCGGUCUCCCUGAAUCAGUGUCCAAAAUGAAUGUCCAGGAAAAGGACAAUUGGGAUUUGGACGACAAAUUGAAUACCAAAUCAGUGCCCCAGGCUGAUCUUCAACACAAAUAUGGAAGCCCUCUUCACCUAAAGAGCCCCUCCUCACCUUCUUCGCCUGUUCCCCCCUUGCACAGAACUUCGCAAUCAUCUUCAUCCUUUCAACCCUCUCAACCUUCUCAACCCUCUCUAUCUUCUCACGCGCUUCCACCGGUUCCCUCUCCAAGGCUUCCAUCCUACCAACCGUCUAUGGCCAUGGGAAGCCCCGAGCGCCCCGCGAUGAAUCAAGGCCGUCGCGUCUCCAACCUUGCCGGGCAACAGGCGCAGACUCCUCGCCAGGCUUCUCAGCCCCAGACCAAUCUUCCGGGCCAGCUUCCCCUGCCCCCUCUCUCUGGGCCCAUUAACCCGGUCCUGGCGGUAAGUUCCGAUUACGUUCAAGAAAACCUUCAACAAGGGCCCCGUCCAAAAGCAGUUCAUCCUAACAUAAAGUUUCUUCGGGAAAUUGAUCAGGCCGAGCCCACUCCUGCCACUGAGAUCAACGAGCGUCGAGGUCACUCCCUUUCAUCCGGGAUCCAUACGGCUUCCGACGAUGAGUCUUACGAACAGGAUAUCCGAAGUGUCGCUGGCUCUGGUCAGCCCUCUGGACAUGCCACGGCUUUGGACAUUCUCAUCCCAGCCUUGUCGGCGGCUCUUUCCCGUCGCCGCCACCAGCUUGAGAGCCAGCGCCCUGAGAAUUUCCCGCGUUCGGCUGGCAGCUUUGAGCGAUGGGAACGUGACCAGCAUGUCCAUUCCUUACUAAAUGGAUAUGCCCAGGAAGUCUCCGGGGCACUGGAGCGGAUCCACCGGACAGACGCAGCCAACCCCGUCUCACUAGGCCACGGGAUCGAAGGGGUCCUGGAUCUGUUCCUGGAGGAGAUCCUCGUCCGCAUCCACCAGAACAGCUAG